AUGGAGAAGCGCGACUAUGCGGCCGCGGUGGCUGCGUUGAACACGCUGCAGUCGAACUUCUCCAUUGUAGACGCGAUUCGAAAGUCUGGACGUGGGAUGAAUAAGCAGGCGAUUCCUGAGAUGAUCGAAUGGUGUCAUAAGAUUGGGUACGAGCCCUCGGAUUUCGACAGGCUGAAGCCCAUACACAUUGCAGGGACCAAAGGGAAAGGUUCAACAAGCGCCUUCAUCUCAUCGAUACUCGCGCAAUAUAUCCCAUCCACCGACACGCGCCAGCAGCCCUCCAAGAUAGGACUCUAUACGUCCCCGCAUCUACGAUUCGUGCGCGAGCGCAUACAGAUCAAUAAUGAACCAAUCUCAGAAGAACUAUUCGCAAAGUACUUCUUCGAGGUCUGGGACAAGCUGGAAGCGGCAGCAAAGUCUGGUGAUACUCCACAAGACGUCCCAACGAAGCCGGUGUACUUCCGAUACUUAACACUUAUGGCCUUGCACGCAUACCUAAAGGAGGGCGUGGACUCAGCAGUCAUUGAGUGUGGCAUUGGUGGCGAGUUUGAUAGCACGAACAUCCUUACAAAACCCACUGUAACGGCAGUGACCAGCUUGGGCAUUGACCAUACUGCGAUGCUAGGGUCCACGCUCCCAGAAAUCGCAUGGCACAAAGCUGGAAUCUUCAAGACAGGCAGUAUUGCCUUCACCGCGCCACAAAAAGAGGAGGCAAUGACAGUCUUGCAAGAACGUGCAGCCGAGAAGGAUGUUCGCCUCCACACCAUCGGCAUUCAUCCUUCACUUGCGAACAACAAAGUCAAACUUGGUUUAUCGGCAGAGUUCCAAAAAGUGAACGCAUCCGUCGCUAUUGCGGCGGCCGCGGCGCACUUGCGAGCGCUUGGUCACUCUUCAGUACCUGACCCUACCGUUUCUGCACACAUCGACCUUCCACCAAAAUUUGUUCGCGGUUUGGAAGAGGUGCGCUGGGCAGGAAGAUGUGAGAUCCGGCGCGAGAAGAAUGUAGCGUGGCACAUCGAUGGAGGUCAUACGCUAGAGAGCAUAGAAGUCACCGGGCGAUGGUUCGCGGAGCAGAUCGCAUCUGCUACUGCCAUUGCCCCAGCACAGUCCCGCGUGCCUCGCAUUCUCAUAUUCAACCAACAGACGAGAGACGCGAACGCACUUGCCAAAGCAUUGUAUACCGCAUUGCAGAGCGGCAUCACGUCUGGCUCAACGUCACCGUUUACACACGUCAUAUUCACCACCAACCAGACCUUCAGUGAGGGAUACAAGCCUGAUCUUGUUUCAAUAAACACGAAUCAGCAAGAUGUUGACACUCUUGCUGUGCAAAAAGCGCUGGCACACACAUGGUCAGAUAUCGAUAGCUUAGCAGAGGUGCACGUGCUGAAGACCAUUGAAGACGCGGUCGGAACUGCGCGAACCGUGGCACGCGCAUGGGCCGCUGACGCCGGUGCUGACGCGGAAGUGAUGGUCUUGGUCACGGGAAGCCUGCAUCUGGUUGGCGGUGCACUUGAGGUUUUGGAGACUGAAACGAAGAAUUGA